AUGCUUCGGCUUAGUAUUUCAGGCACCCGCCUCUCCUCUCAACGUUUCUUCACCACCACAACUCCCAGAAUGGUUUCCCAAAUUGCCUCUGCUGCCGACUUCCGCUCCAAGAUUGGUUCCGGCCUUGUGCUCGUUGAGUUUUUCGCCACCUGGUGUGGCCCUUGCAAGAUGAUUGCUCCUGUGCUGGAGAACUUCGAGAAGCAGUACACCAACGUCAGCUUCUACAAGGUUGACAUCGAGCAGGUCGCCGAGAUCGCCAGCGAGUUUGCUGUCUCUGCCGUGCCCACUAUUAUUCUUUUCAAGGAGGGCGAGCAGGUCGACGUCGUCAAGGGCGCCAACGCUGCCAAGGUCAAGCAGAUUCUCGACGCUCGUCAAUAA